CCAAAAUGACAGUUGUGUAGAACGUCACCACCACCACUUGUCAAUAUUGUUCUCCAAGAUGAUAAAUAUAAUGUUAUUGACAUGCUUUAAAUGAAGAAAUACAACAACAGGAAAUUGAACGUAAGUGAAAAUUCGCGUAGAAGGAAUGAAUCAGAUAAUGUUAAUCAUCCGCACACGCCUGCAAGUCGAAAGCCCCUUCAAAGACGAGUUCUGCGAGCGUUUCAUGGUCUUGGAAGAUUUCUACUGAUUGGAUUUUGUAAUGGAAUCAUUGACUAGUGGUAACCAUGAUGAAAGGAAAAAAGAAGAAAUUGAAAAUGCUUUAAAUGCUUUGACCAAGAACCGCAAUGCACAUGAAAUCACCUCACAAAUCUCUGAUGCAGGAAUUUAUUCCUAUGCCGCCAUCUGUGCCUUAUCUCUGCAUGAACUUUUUGAUAAUGAGUGGGAUCGCUCAUUUUGCCACAAAUGCAUCAAGCAAAUUCUUGAUCACUUGAAACUUCCUAAACAGGUGGAAGGAGUUAUGAUGACUUUGGUUGACGGUCAUGCCCAACAGACCCCUGAUGCUUACAUUGACCUCCUUCUUCAGGAGCAAGCUUUAAAUGGAAAUGCCAUUUACAUUGUUGAAGAUCUUGUUAUUCUUGCAGUCAAAGAAGGUAAAUAUGACGCACGGACCAGAGUCCUGGUGCGUCAUGUGGCAUGGCUGCUUCUUGUUCCACAAAGUGUUGUUGAUGCUUUUGAAGAAUCUCUUGUUGAAAGUCUAACUGAUGAAGCAGUUUCCCUAUCUGAGGAGCAACAAGAAGAAAUGGCUCGACGUCAACGUAAAAAACGUUACAAACGUUAUGCUCUUAUUGGAUUGGCAACAUUAGGUGGAGGAGCAGUCCUUGGCCUGACAGGUGGACUGGCCGCACCUCUCAUUGGAGCUGGAGUGGGUUCUGUGUUGGGAGGAGCCACUGCUGCUGCCAUUGGUUCAACUGCUGGGGUAGCAAUAAUAGGAUCUCUGUUUGGUGUUGCUGGAGCUGGGCUCACUGGCUUCAAAAUGAAAAAACGUGUUGGAGAAAUUGAAGAAUUUGCUUUUGGAUAUCUAUCUCCAGUUUCCAUUUCUUCUUCAAGUCAUUCAGAAGAUACAGAUAGUUCCAGCAGCUUUGAUAGCAGUUCAACGUCCACUCCUUCUACACCUGUUGUGACAGGGCCUGCCAGUGGCCCUAUUUCUCAGCAACUUCACAUUACUAUUGCUAUCUCAGGGUGGCUGAGUGAUGAGCAAGAAGAUAAUUUUACACGACCGUGGCAUUCUCUACUAAGUUCCAAAGAGCAGUAUUAUCUUCGAUAUGAAUCAUCAUACUUGCUGGAAUUAGGGAAGGCAAUGGAACUUAUUUUGUCUUUUGCUGUUUCAAUGGCUGCUCAAGAGGCAUUAAAGUAUACAAUUCUUUCAGGUUUGAUCAGUGCCAUUGCCUGGCCUUCUUCACUCGUUACUCUUGCUUCUGUAAUUGAUAAUCCUUGGGGAGUUUGCUGCCGGCGGUCAGCUGAAGUAGGAAAGCAACUGGCAGAAGUACUUCUUGCUCGUGAACAAGGGCAUCGACCGGUGACACUCAUUGGUUUCAGUCUGGGAGCUAGAGUCAUAUAUUACUGUUUGAGAGAAAUGUCCCAGAGGAAAGAUUGUGAAGGCAUAAUUCAAGAUGUUGUAUUAUUAGGAGCUCCUGUGACAGGUUCUCCUAGAGAGUGGCAACCUUUGACAAGAGUUGUGGCUGGUAAAAUAGUAAAUGGAUAUUGCAAGAGUGAUUGGUUGUUGAAGUUCCUAUAUAGAACCUUAUCUAUAUCCAGUGAUGUUGCUGGAUUGCAACCAGUGGAAUGUAAAGAUCGUCGAAUCUGCAAUGUUAAUCUUAGUGAAAUUGUUGCAGGGCAUAGUGAAUAUCCAGACAAAAUGUCAGCAAUUUUAAAGGUUAUUGGUAUACGUACUCGAGAGGAUGCUCUUGAUGUUGAAGCAAGACUGACUAAGUCCAAAUCAGACUUACCUGGAAUUUCACAACCUCGAGGAAGAGAAAGUCCUUCUUUGCUAUCACUACAACCUUCCAAGUCGGACAAUAUGCUAAGCUCAAGAGUACAACAUUACACUACCACAAAAAUUACUUCACCUUUGGCCCAAACUGAUGAUUCUUCUAUUGACACUGAACUAGGAGAAGAAGCUAUUAAUAUGGUUGCAAAUAUGAGGGUUCAAGAAGGUACAAAUUUACCUUCUGUUUCUGGAUGCAUUCCAAGCACAGAUGUUCCAAAUACAGAGAAUAUGAUUGAAACCUCUAGUUCUAUCAAUCUUUCACAGCAGGUAGAUUUAUCCUACAAUAGAAUUGAUUUAGAGUGUCCUGAUUCAGAAUUUCAAGUACAGUCAAUUAAAACAGAGGAUCAUAUAUCAAAAGAAUGACAAUCUUAGCAUUUAGUGUCUUCACUUUUAUUUUAUGAGUUAUUAAUCAUAUUAGACUUGGAGCUGAAGAAAAAUAAUAUUUGAAGUAGAUUAGAGGAGGUGGUAGAACCUUCACAAGAUGCAUAUUUUUAUGAAGAGUAUUCAGAAAAAUGCACUUUCAAUACACAUAUCACUAUUAUAGUUGCCCAAUUGUGACAUAUCAAAUGCUUUUUUUUAUUUUUUGUAUGUCAUACAGCUAAUGAAUUUUGAGAAAUAUUUCAUUUUCUUUAAGGAAGAAUUAUUGAGGAACAAUAGUAUUUAAUGUUUUAUUCCAUAGAAUUUGCUGAAACCGUUUUCAAAAGUUAAUGAGUAAAUUAAAAAAGUCAAUUUUCACCUGGGGCCAGUUAAAAAUCAUUGAAAUUCAAAUGCAUUUCUCAUUCACAUUCUGUGCUGUUGAUCUUGAAAGGUAAAAUAUUGGCCCAGAUGCAAAUUUAAAUGUUACUCAUGGCAUCGUUAAUUAAACUCUAAUUAUUAUGUAUGAGUUUGGGCUGUAAUAUCCAGUACCACUUGAAACAGUAUUAUCAACAAGUCAUUUUUUAAAUUGUCAUGAAAUGCCAAGUGUUUGGAGUACAUAAUGUAUAUUAUUUUUGUAUAGUUAUACAUCAACAACAUUUGUAUAUCCUCAAGUCAAUUGACUCCAUUACUUCACUUGUUAUUGACUAAACAUCUAUUCAAUAGGUACAGACAAUUCUCCAUUAAGCAAGUUAAGUGCAAUUACUUUGGUGAAAUAUUAUUGAAGCCAGAAUUAUGUAUUGAAAUAGCACAUAUAAUUUAUUGUGGACUUCUAGGGAAAAUUAAUGUCUUUUUCAUUAAUUUUAAAACAAAAAUAUUUCUAAUACAUUAUUAUCAUUCAAAUAUAUGCUUUCAAAUUAACAUUGUUAUUGUGGAUGCCUGAGCAAAAAAUUCAUGCCAGCUUGCUUACUAUAAAAGUUCAUAAUCAUCUUCAUUACCAAGUUAUUUAAGCAUUGGGUGGCAGGACUGUUAAGCAACUAAAAGCCAAGAUAGGUCUCUGCCUCCAAAAAGUCACUAACAGAUGAAGUUCUGGGGUUUAGUUUUUAGCAAAUUUUUCGCAUUGUAUUUUUUUGUGACACAGAUGUACACUCUGUGUAGUAUCUUGUGGGAAUUCUCCCAAGUUCUAAGAAAAGCUUCUUUGUCACCACCUAGUGGUAACAAUAGAAAAACUAAUACAUAUCACUUCAGUGCUUUGCAGUGUGAUCUAGACACGUAGUAUGCCUUAUUAGUUGUAGGACCUGGAGAUUUCUGCCUUUAGAAAGGAGGUAUCACAAUUUUUAGAUUCACAAGGCCAAAAGUUCUUUUGAUGAAGAAAUUUAACUAAAAUAUUAUUUUAUUAAUUGUACCAGAUUUUGUAGUUUAAACUUAUGGAAAGUAAUUCUGGUACAUUUUAUGCUUAUAUUUCUUGCAUACUCUUGAAAUAUCAACACAGCUGCUCAACUUCCAUCAUAAUUUGUAUUAUUAUGAACUGAACUGUACUUGUGGCAGAAAGAACCAAUCACCUAAUAUUUAUUGAUAUUUCUGAAUUAGAAUAUAAUGGUUGUUACCAUUAAGAAUUGUAAGCUCUUUGUAGAUAAAUAUACUGUACAAACUUUCCUAUUGAAUAACUAUAAGUAUCAACUUGUAGACAAAUGUAAAAGGCUUUGUAGAUAAUGUUGAGAAGAAACUUUCAUAUUUUUUAUCUAGUUUUAGAUGCUACAGAAAAAGUAUUUUUGAGUAGAAAUAUAUUCAACUGUAUUUACUUAAUGAAUUGCCAUGAAGUGCAUCAUCCCUUAUUCUACAUUUUUUUAUUAUGGUACAGAAAAGGCUUUAAUCACAGCUGUUCUUUAACAGAAAUGCUUAGUGUGCUCACCAAACUGUUUAUUUCAGAAACCCGUCAAACGCCAAAAUCUAAAAUAUGCAUUAGCGGCGAAUCAUUGCCCCAGGAGGAUAGACACAUUGUAUAGUGCAUAUUUAUAUGAACAAUAUUAAUUAUCAACUGCUUUAAUAAAUAUUCUGAAAACAGAAAAUUUGGAGACUUUUCGUCAGUUUUCUUGAAAUGAGCAAUUUAGUGUUUGACGGGUUUCUGAAAUAAACAAUUGAAUUGCUGGCAUAUAUCUGAAACCCAGCAUUCCUUUCCAGAGACUGCUGUUCAAAAUACAGACAAUUGAUAUGGAAUUUGUGAUGGGUAAAGCUGAUUUAUAAAAGAUGGCUAGGACAUCUCUCAUGUACCCUGUAUACAUUCCACCAGUGUUACUUUAUUAUUCACUUCCAUUACCAUAGUUUAUUAACCUUCUUUGGCCUGUUGCUUUAGGCCACGCCAGCUGGCACACUCAACAUUGCUUGGCUAAUUUUUGGUGCUUUUCACCAUCGUAUAACAAAUCUAUUCAUGGUAAGAAAACAAGAAAAUAAACAAUCAAAAUUAAGCAUGUUAAGUAAAAAUUGUUUGUUGUGAUUUCAAAGUAUUAAAAAUAAUUAAUUAUUUCUCAAAUCAAACUUAAGUGUUUAAAAGGGAAGAUUCACUUUUCUGGCAGACUAAUGUUAGGGUAAAGAUACAUAGUGCAUUCUUAAAACAGUUGGUAGUUAUGGCCAAUUUGAAACCCAUAUUUUUAUAUUACUACAAAAAGUGUCACAAUAUUGAAUAAUAAAUUGUAAUUUAACACUUAUCAGAGCUAGGUCAUGAAAAGAAUUGGUAAUUAAUUUAGUAACUAUGUUUUGUUGGGAAUGCAUGUAAUCUUAUGUAUUGUAUUUUAGUAAUGUUUCAUGUUAAUUGUUUUCAUUAUUCCAUCCAUUCAUGACCUAACUGGAAGACUUGCAAAGAAAUGGAAAAGCAAAAUAAUGCACAAUAAAACACAUUGCAUUCACAUUUUAGUUUUGUUAGUCAAUAAGCAAUAUAUUAAAAUAUGACACCUGUCUUUUUUACCAUUUAUUUAUAAUUUAUUAAUGAAAGAAGGGCCUACUUACACUUUUUAGAAACGAAUUAAUCAAGAGUUAAACAAAUCAUAUUGAAGGCAGAUUAAAUGAGUAAUUGAAUGAUGAGAGUAACAAUAUCCUUACAAUCGCCUGACAAUAUAGUUUCUUGUUUCUGAGCAAUCCUCAUUAAAAAUCACUUAGAUACCUAUGCCAUAUGUUCAAUAUGAAGAAGUUUUCAAUGUGUAACUAAUCUUAUAUUUUAAGAAUUAUAAUUAUUUUUUUCUGAAUUCCUUGCACAUUUCUAAUGUGACAUUAUCUUUCCUUCAAAAAUGAAGCACAAGUAUGGGGUUUAUAGUAGGCAAAUGAACCAAUUUCAAAAUUAUUUCUACUAAUUUUAACAUUCACUUCAAAAUAAUCUACAUCAUUAAGGCUCUUGGCCUUCACUAUUUACCUUUGACACUUCCAUCACGUUCCUCCCAUUCAGGCCAAAUGUUUUACACAGUAAUUUUCAGUCAGGCUCUGGUAAAUCUUUAGGACUUACCUAACUUCAAGAAAAACAUAUACAUUUAAUCUCCCAGGUACUCUCUUUUGCCUCCAUACAUGAUCAUGCUUUUUUGAAUUCAUUGUCUGAUUGACCUUUUCAUCAUUGACCAAGCUCCCCCUGUGCCGCCCACACAGCAGUAGACCAUUACUUUUCCUUUGACUGAAACUUUAAUUUACCGUUGGCCUUCUACAUAUCCACAUCAUUUACAAAUACUUCAUUUCAACAUAUCUUCCUCAGGUAUAUUUGCACUGUAUCUGAGAACUAGUGGAAGAACCAACUUUUUCUGAUCAUUGUAAUUUGCAGGAUACAAACAAAGUUUAAGAUGUGGCAACAUCACAAAAAAUAAUUCUACUUUGCAGUUUGGGGAUGUUUGUUUGUUGGCAGAAAAUCACCUUUGUUAAUUUUUUUGAAGCAGUCAAUUUUAAAUGCAAGGGUGGGGAUGGUUGAAAAGUCAGGUUUAUGGGGCUUCUAUUGAAUAUUAUUAUAAUUUUAUCAACCCUGGCCCAAACAGGCCUGUGGAAUGUGGUGAAAAUUUUGCAUGGAGAAAUUGUUCUUCCCUUGAAUGAAUAAAAUUAUAGUUCCUUUCUGAAAUUUCAUAAUUUUUUAUUAUAUUAAUAAUUUUUUCUGUUAUAAUCAAUGCUUCCCAUUUCUUUGCACGGAACGGAACAUAUCACAGAAUGCCUCAAAAUAUUUGUCUUGAGAAUGAAAACACUUCUAUUAUUUCAUGUAAGAUCCUUGUUUACAGGGAGUGUCUGGUCUGUAGAAAAUUAAAUACUGAAUUAAUUUAAAGUAAAUAUUUUUGGAAUACUAAAUUUAUUAUUUGUAAAGGGCAACUGCUGGUUUGGAAAAAUUCCAAUUUGUCAUUUAAUGUAUCUGUUCACCACUACGGGUGAAUGAUAACAAAUGUUUGUACCAUAAAGUUUAACAAAUUAAUCAUUUUUGGAAAAAAAUGUUUUAUAUUUUUAACUUUAUUGCUUGCUGAGAUUUAAACCUAGAUUCUUUUAAGAGAUGAUGGCUGAUAUAAUACAGUAUACUGAAUCCAAAAAUUAUCAGCAUCCAAAAGCACAACUGUACCUGAGCUAUUUCCAAACCAACAGUUUGCUCUAAUAAAUUUGUUUUUGUAAAAAUAUGGAAAAUGAGAGGAUGAAAGUAUUCUUUAUGAUAUAUUUGAUGAAAAUUAUCAGAAAAUCCUUUGAAAGAAAGUUGAAAUAAUCAUAAUAUGUGUAAUGAGGCCAAGAGUUACUACCUACUUAUAAAAACCCACUAAAAAAUUGAAGUCAGUUUUAAACAGAUCAUUGAGCCAAAUGCAUUCACUAAUUCCUGGUGAAGAGAUUCCUGCAUAUAAAAAAUUUACUAUAUAAAACUGAAAUGUGCACAUGCUGUGUUACUUCUUAAUUUUCUACAUUCAGACACACUCAGUAUUUAGUGUUUGAAGCCAUUACUAUUUACGUACAUAGAAACAUAAUAAAAAUUAUUCAAAAUGAAAUCAAAGUAAUGAACAACUAUCAUUUUCAUCCUACUUGUAGGGUGUACACCAUAUUGCUAUAUUUGAAGUAACCAUCUGGACAAACCAAAUCAUCCUAAAAAUAGAAAGGACACAUGACCUCCAUGUCAUACAACAUUCAAACAAGUAACAUACCAGAUCACAGUUAAAUGUGUAGAAUGUUUUUGAAAGCUGAUUACUUACUACAGUUUAGCUUUAAAAACUCAUCUUCAAAUCCCUUUCACUAAUGUCUUGAGUUCCAAGGAUUCAAUACUAUGCAAUAAUUAUUGGGUAAGAAAUUUUAUGGUCGAAUUUAUUUUCUCAACAAUAAAUAGUCUGCAAACAUCUGCCAUUUAUGGUUCAUAUUCUGCCAAGGAAUUUGCAUCUACAAUUUAUUUUUGGAAAUUCUGUUUCUUCUGUGUACAGAAACGCAUUGUUCUCGUAUUCUCCUGGUUUUAUACAAUAAAAAUUGUUUAAAAAAAUUGUUCCAUAUUGCAUAGAAAAUAUUCAUUAUAAAUAUUCUUUAAAAGAAGACUGUACCGCUGACUCAGAAUAAAUGUUUCUUGGCAUGUAGAGAUUCAAGAUGAUCAU